CAUUGCCAUGCAUGAAAAUGUCGAAAGUUGAUUCUACUUUGCCAGCGCUAGCGCGGCCGACCAACUUGGCGCCGUUACGAUACAUAGUUGUUAAUGGAUUUCUCAAAGGAUCAUUCCAUCAGUUGUUGGUGGUAUGCUGUAAUCGGUAAGUAUAAUCAACCUUCGACACAGGAAGCCAAGGCCGCGGUCUCAAACAGAGCGCUCCGCGCUCCUUUUUGGCUUCCUCAGGCCCCGGCUUCGCCUGGAUCCUAAUAAUCAUAAAUCGGCUCAAAAAAUAAUGUAAUUACUCGCAUCCGAUGAUCCCGCGCACCCAUUUGUUGUUAAUUACGAGAUGCCGCCGCAAAGAGGAUUUUGUGGGACAAGUGCAACAAUAUUGCAGGACAGGUGAGUUGGUGUUGACUAAUUUUGGGCUACUCACCAAUGCGGCGUACUGAUCGGGAAUUCUGGCAGAUCUGCGUGGCACCUGACUAUGUCCUCGUACAGCGGGACAAGCAGGAUGAGCUGGUCAAAGCAUUCCAGAAGCAUUAUAACGCAUUCUUCCCCAAGGGUGCGUUGGAUUCGCCAUUGUUCGGAAGUAUCGUGUCAGAUUCGCACUAUAAACGCCUCACUUCCCUUCUUUCCCGCACAAAGGGUGAAGUCGUUCUUCAGGGUCGCGCUGAUGCCGCAAGGAGGAGACUUGAGCCCACCAUUGUUAAGGAUGUUGUCGACGGUGACUCCUUGCUAGAAGAAGAAAUCCUUGGUCCGAUAUUACCUAUCGUGCCUGUGGAUUCUCUCCAACAGGCAAUCAGCUUCGUUAAUGCACGAUCUCAUCCGCUAGUUUCUCUGAUGAGGGAUGAUGUAGUAGCCAUUGCAUGUACCAAAUUUCGACGGUCGACAUCAAGGGCAGAUCCCAGCCCAUAUGAUUUUGCUAUGUACACCACCGCACGACUAACAGCCCUGUGCGAACGCCUUGAACCAAUCCCUCGUAGCCUCGAACGACACCCUAGCAGCUUCCACUCCAUCGAUUCGCAGUCCUCGAUGCGGGAUAGUGACGCACACUGGUUUGAGGACACCACUCAUAGAGGCUUUCUUGGACUGGAUGAGGAGUGAUUCUAUUGGUGAGCGGGCGGUGAUGGGUAUGAUGUAUGUUGUUAAGUCGUCGAGGGCUUGUUUGACUGGAAGAGCGAGGGAGCGUGUGGGACGGGCGGCCGGGAGAUGGAUGGGACGUACUCGUAGAGGACAAUGUUGGUUUAUCAAGGACUCUCCAUUCAAGGGUAUCGUUUUGAUCAAAAGAUCCUAAUAAGGGGUAGUAGGCGUAUUUCUCGGGCAAAUAAACCGACCCUUGUUGUCGGUAGCGUGUACAGUCCAGCUGUACAACGGUCCGUCGCCUGAUGUGAUUGCAUCUAUGAUCGCUCCUGAUAGACCUUCUAAUUUGCAUUAAUAUUCAUAGGCACCUACAUCGUCAACACGUGGACAACUGUUGCCACUAAAGUAGUGCGAGACUCACCCCACCGCCUAGAAAUCAUCAUCAUCG